AUGGCGAGAUCGCAUUCUACUAAAUCUAAGCAGAAGCCGUCUUCAUCAGCCAGCCCGAACAGCAAUAUCGCAUGUCACUUCGAGGCCAUUAGCCUAUCCAAAGAUCUUCGCCAUGAUGAAAGGUCCCCAACUGGAAGCACGCCUUCCGUCGAGAGUGGCGGGCCCGAUCGGGCGACGCCCUCCCUUGGCACCGCUUCUGGCACCGCUUCUUCCUCUUCAUCCGCACUGUAUCCCCUGGACCUCAACGUUCCACCUCUAGACUUCCAGCUUCCUCCGGCCCCUCCGUCGGUUCAGUCAAUGAUGGCAUCGCGUGCCAGAAUACCUGUCAGCACGACCGGCCCCUCGCGUAAUCCCCUGGCGGGCUGUAGAAACCUUGUCCCGUCCAAUGCCUCAACGCAGCCAACAGUGUCCCUCGUCAUCAAUCGCAGCCACGUCGUAUACCAUCCCCCUACAUAUCCCGAUGCAACGCCCCUGGGGUCGCACAACAGAGAUCCAACGAAGCCGGACGCCAACCUGUUCGACGACAUAGUCACUAUGCUCAGUCCGUUGGGUGCCUUCCACGCGCCAACCCUGGGCUUUCAUCGCCUGGCGCGACGUACGCCUCGUAGGCCCCUCAUACUAGUCGGAAACGGCGACCCGUUCGACAACCCCAAUGGGCAGGGCGAUUUCUUGACCGAGAUGCUCCUUAUGUCGCAGCGUGGAGACUAG